AUGAUCGAUCAGUACGUAUAUUCUACGAUAUUCUUUACGUUGAAUCUUCAGAAGCGCAAGGCCAGAGAAGUAGCGCAAGCGCAACGCGAGGCUGCUCUUGCCGCUGGGCUGCGGACUCCACCUCAAAAGAAGAAGCACAGGGCACGAAAUGCUCUUCCGAAGCUGAAUUUUGGGGGCCUCGUGAAAGCGCCUCCUCCAUCAAAAGCGUAUAUGGAAGAUGUGCAUGAAUCCUGGACAUCAUUGUGA